AUGGCCGCUGCAGACGAAUCGUUAUACAUGGUGUCGCAGACAUCGCUUCUGGAAAAGGACGAUGAGCUGGACUCGUUGCCGUCUCUUUCGACGGAGGAACUCUACUCGGACGACGAGGAUGACGCGCAGGCGGAAUGGGAGCGCAGCUUAGAUCAGGUGCAGAUGCUGCUCACCAUGGUACUAGUACCAUGGAUGGGCAAGUUCUUCGGCCGCAAGUUUGCCUACUGGAGCUGGGCCAAAUACAUGAGCUGGGUUCACGACGUCGAGGUCCGAUUCACGGAUAAAAAGGCAUUCAACGUGGUUGGAGCGGUGGAAGCUGCCCGGUCGUUAUAG